AGUUCACAUACUGAUUCGUAAGCGAUAGCAAAUAAAUAUGAGUCCACUGAAUACCAUGUGACGAAACCAGUUUCUAUUUGAUAUGAAACAAAAACAAAUUUGGAACCAUUUAGCCCACGCAAUAUUACGCAAGAGAGCAAAAAUGAAGUUAGAAGAGUGCAAUACGCACAACAAGGCCGUAAUGAGGAACAUAGUUUCCACUUGAUAACAGCCACACAGUCGAAAUUUCAAUAUUGGGCUUCACAGAUAAAUACACUUUACCACCAGACGUACCCAUAAAAUAUAAAUGAAACAUAUUAUUAUCUAGUACUCGUAUUUCAAAAAGCAAUGAUACUGAUUUCCGCGCCAUAUUUCUCGUAUUCAAAUUUCACUGCCACCCCCACUUUGAGCGCUACUAUCGUUCUCGUUUCGUGUCGUUUAACAAGGGCUUUGCUUUAUGAUAUUUUGAUGUUUUGUGCUGUUUGUUGUUGAUUGUGCCAGUACUUUGACUUUCACAGUAUUUACUAUAAUCUCUAAAACCCCUUUUAUUUCCAGUUUGUGCUACUUGAAAACGUUUAACUCAAUCAGUUAGAAAAUUAAUAACGAAUUAUCUGUUCAGAGUUCUUAUUAGCAGAAGAGAAUGCUAAAUAAUAUUACGUUUACCUGUGGUUAUUUCAUCAUAAACAAUGACAGGCUGUUCCGCUCGACGCUGUUGGCAAUAUCUGAAACAAUGCAAAAUGUUUAAGUUUUCACUCUUUCGGUAUUCGUAAACUUUGCCAGCGUUGUUUACAUAUCUUUGGUGUAAUGUGUACACAGUGGGUUGUGUUUUGUAUGUUAGUGAAAGGAUUUAUUUGAUUUAAUGCCUCGGAUAUAAUUAACAAUGUUAAGGUUCCUUAGUCGCAGAAAGGGGCGUAAUGCUCAAAAGUCCAGUCAUAUGAAAUUAGGUUCUCAAAGAUCUGUGGUGAAUAAACAUUCCAUCCAGUGUAGGGUCAUUCUUUUGGAUGGCACUGACCUCUCAAUUAAUUUGCCUAAAAAAGCUGUUGGGAGUGAUCUUUAUGAGCAAGUGUUCUACUCCCUUGACCUCAUAGAAAAGGAUUAUUUUGGGCUGCAGUACACUGAUGCAAACAAUGUACAGCAUUGGCUUGACCCAACAAAGGCGAUAAAAAAACAGGUGAAAAUUGGACCUCCAUACACUCUGCGCCUGAAAGUUAAAUUUUAUUCAUCAGAACCAAACAGUCUUAGAGAGGAACUGACCAGAUACCAGUUCUUCUUGCAGCUGAAGCAGGACAUAUUUGAAGGACGUCUAGAAUGUCCUUACCAGACUGCUGUGGAAUUAGCUGCUCUAGCAUUACAGUCGGAAUUAGGUGAUUAUGAUGAAGCUGUUCAUACUCCAGCAGUGGUGUCUGAAUUCCGCUUUGUUCCAAAUCAAACAGAAGAGAUAGAAAUUGCUGUGUUGGAAGAAUAUAAAAAGCUUGGAGGACUGACUCCUGCCCAGGCUGAAAUGAAUUACCUAAACAAAGUGAAAUGGCUUGAGAUGUAUGGAGUAGACAACCACAUAGUCUUGGGUAAAGAUGGUUGCGAAUAUUCUUUGGGCCUGACACCCACUGGAAUUUUGGUAUUUGAGGGAACACAGAAAAUUGGACUUUUCUUUUGGCCCAGGAUUGGAAAACUGGAUUUCAAAAAGAAGAAGUUGACUUUAGUUGUUGUUGAAGAUGAUGAUCAAGGACGUGAACAAGAGCAUACAUUUGUUUUCAGGUUACAUAAUGAAAAAGCCUGCAAACAUCUCUGGAAGUGUGCAGUAGAACAUCAUGCAUUCUUCAGAUUAAGAGUUCCUGUGAAAGGUCCAUCAGCUAGACAGAACUUUUUCAGAAUGGGCUCUCGAUUUAGAUACAGUGGAAAGACCGAGUUUCAGACAACUCAGCUUAACAGAGCAAGACGAACUGUGCAGUUUGAACGCCGCCCGAGUCAGCGCUAUGCUCGGAGACAAUCUCACAUUCUGAAAGAGCGUCAGAAGAAUCCUGCAGCAAAUGAAGACUCGAAUUUAAAGCAAAAUGAGUGUGGCAAUUCUUCUCUUUAUGACUCAACUGUAUCAGGAAAAACAGAGAAUGUAUCUGCACUCAUAAACACAAGGGAUGAGCCUACAACAGAUUUCCAGUCACUGGGCAUUUCAGCCACUACUGCUGAAAUUACAGUGCAGUCUGCAGAUGUAGCAAAACCUAAAAAUAGUGCAGGUACUGCUUUAAAUACAGCUGAAGACAGACUUGAUUCAUUGCUCAAAACUCUGGCAAAAGAGACAAUGGGUGUUGCUAAUUCUGAGGAUUCAAAAAAUAAUGCAGCAUCAAUGUCGAACACAACUAACAAGAUUGAUGAGCGUGAGUCACUUUCGAGUAAAGUACUAGCUGCUGAAUCUCCAUCUCAAGGCCGUGUUGUGCCAAACAAUCAGAAUUCAAGAUACAUUGUAAGUGGAAAUACACGUCCAAUUCCUCCAGAUCAGUUGAAGUGCAACAUACUGAAAGCCAAAAUUGAAGUAGAGUUGAAAAACAACAAAGAUGAUUUGGCAGAAAAGAACUUAAUCCUCGGAAAAAAUCAGUUCCUCGAUGAUGAUACUGCAACAUCUUUACCAGCAGACACACCAAGUGCUACAUUUGUUUCUGUGGGUGGAGACAAGCUUACUCUGUCCUUGGGAGGAAAUAACACCUCAGUUGCUGAUACGGGCGCCGUCGACUGCAAGGACGAUUCCAACGAUAGUGGAUACAUACGUAGUACUACACCAGUCACUGUUACCCAUUUUUCCUGGUCUGACCGAGGGAAACUUGAACAAGUUAUUUUACCUUCUCCUGAUGCAAAAGAAGACUCAGAGGCACCAACCAAUAUGAAACUUUUGAAUUUCAAUGUAAUUAAUACAGUAAACACUCAGGCAGUCCCUUGUAUGUCACCAAAUAUUGUCACACCUACACCACUUUCACCACUUCUGUAUCACUCUCUAACAGUAGAAACAAAUGAAGACAAUAUUUUCACCAAUUCUCCAGUCUCAAGUUAUAAUUCAAACAAUCCAUUUAUUAGUAGCAUUUCAUCUUCCACAACUAACCCAUUCCAUUUAUUAUCUGUAGAAAAAACAAGCCUCAGUUCUAAUCCUUUCAAGGAUCCUGAAACAAGUCCUGAUAAACUGACUGAAAGCCUCAACUUCAACAACUACCAAGAACCAAAAUCACCUAAGCUUCUUGAACCUAACAUAACUUCAGAAACAAAGUUAUCAGAAAACUUACCAUUGUCCUCAUCCUCUCCCUUCACAAAGAAUCACACCACAUCUUCAGUGAUGGAAAAUGUGCCCAAGAGUCAUGCAAAUCAGCUCAAAGUUACAAAGGAAUGUUCAACUGCUAGCAGUAAUUCUCCAGCUACUAGCAUAUCUCCAACACUCAAUCAGCUAUCACCCUGGCUUGUAUCAUCGGAGUCCGUCUUUCCAUCUAGUGUUAAAAACAAAUCAGAAACCAUUAUUCAGAGGAAAACUGUGAUUACCACAGAACUCUAAAUUGUAGUAUAAUGUUUUCAACAUCACAUUCUACAUUUAGUAUUUUGGAUUUAUACCAUGUGUAUGUCCUCAUGAAGUAUUACUGAAGGAGAUUUUGUUUUGUAUUUCCAUUUCUUGCUAUUUAUGUUUUGAAAACAGUGCAUACAUUUGUUCAUGUGGCAGUGGAUGCAUGUCACUUCAAAUUUUAAUAUAUAUUGUUUUCCAUUGGAUAUGUAUUAGAAACAUAUGUAACUGUGAUAAAUUAUUUUUGGAACCAAGAUAUUUUCUGAAAUACGACACAUUAGGUUGCUAUAGCAAAGAGAAUAGUAAUUUAAAUGUUAUGUUUCCUUUAUAAAUCUCAUGUACUUAAUGUGACCCCUUGGCAGCCCAGUCUAACAGGGUUUUGAAGGAGUUUUGUCUCUGUAGGGUAGUUUAUUAUAGUUCAUAUUCAUUCCAUAAUUAUUUAUAUUUUUCCAAUUUCCACUGAUAAUGUGCCUUGUACUAGUCCUUUAUGUGUGGUACCAGUAAGUGAAAAUUUAGUCCUUAAUAAUGUGACCGUCCAUAUUAUAGCAGCUAUAAAACUUACCUUCAAACAAUGUGAAAGACUGAAUUGACUGCAGUUAUUUUUUAGUACAUUGACAGAUACAUCAUUCAUAAUUUUUUAUUAUACGGAAACACAGUUUUGCACAUAUCGAAUGAGAUUAGAAUGGACAGAAUAGGAGGUGAAGGAACUGUAGGUGCUAUUAGCUUUGAUUUUUAGUAUUUCUUGUGUUUUAUAUCAAUUUUUAUUUUCUUGUAGAUUGUCGUCAAUACUUAGUUAUACAACACUUGUCCUAGAGUUUACAGUAACUUGUAGGCAAAGUGCCAAUUCAAUUGUGAUGUUGUUUAUGUUGUUGUGUAUACUUUGUGCAAAAUCUAAACAUUUUUGUUAUUGUCUGUACCGUCUGUACUGUCUGUUGGGAUAUGUUAAAAGACCUAUCCACAUCAAAAUAAUAGGAUAUGUUUUGCACAGUCUUCUUUUGAGAGUAAAGCAACUGAAUUCUAAGUCUUUGUAUUGUGCCGAUUCUUCAUUUUGCUUUCUAAACCCUGUUUUUACUGUAGUAAUCUGUGUUGUUAUAUGGUGUUAAUGGUUCAAUGAGAAACAUUCCUGAAUUAACCAUAAAGAGGUUAUUACCGUCCUUUGAUAGUUCUCUAUUUCUUGCUUAUCUCUAUACAAUAAUAUUUUCUGAUAUACUGUAGUCAGUGAUUUUGAACAAACAUAUACCUUAUAUAGUCUUAAGAGAAGCAAGAAAUGUUGCAGUACUUAAAUAAGAGAAUCUUUGUGAUAUGACUCCUCAGAGUAUUUUAAAGUAUAAAGUUGUUUCAAGGGAAUAUUUUAUUAUGUGUUUAUAUUUAAAGCUGUCGGUAUGUACCUUCAAAUCGACUGCAGAUGAGAUUUUUCCAUUUUAAUAGAUUUAUAACAGAGUUCACAAUAGAGAUUUUACAUUCAGAUGUGCGCUAUAUAAGCAUGAUAUAUGUUGUUAUGCCUUAUAAGUGAAUAGAAACCAAUAAAUGAGUUUUCAAUUG